CUUUCAGAUGCCAGUAUGGACAGAAUAGCUUAUGAUGCUUAUCCCCACUUACCACUUUCGAGACAUUGAGCGGAAACCAGAAUACCUCCAGCCGGAGAAGUGCAUCCCACCUCCCUACCCUGGUCCUGUGGGAACCAUGUGGUUUAUCCGUGACGGCUGUGGCAUUGCCUGUGCCAUUGUCACUUGGUUUCUGGUCCUCUAUGCUGAGUUUGUGGUCCUCUUUGUCAUGCUGAUUCCAUCUCGAGACUACGUAUACAGCAUCAUCAAUGGAACUAUGUUCAACCUGCUGGCCUUCUUGGCCCUGGCUUCCCACUGCCGGGCCAUGCUGACGGACCCCGUGAGAACCUGCACGGAAAUGGUCUUCACUUUGCUUGGGCGAGGUGCAUCUUUUCCUGAAAAGCUGGACAAGCCUGUUUCAGGCCGCAGCAAGUGCCUCUUGGGGGCCGUGCCCAAAGGAAAUGCCACUAAAGAAUUCAUCGAGAGUUUACAGUUGAAGCCUGGGCAGGUGGUGUACAAGUGUCCUAAGUGCUGCAGCAUCAAGCCCGACCGAGCCCACCACUGCAGUGUUUGUAAGCGGUGCAUUCGCAAGAUGGACCACCACUGUCCCUGGGUUAAUAACUGCGUCGGUGAGAACAACCAGAAGUACUUCGUCCUGUUUACAAUGUACAUAGCUCUCAUUUCCUUGCACGCCCUCAUCAUGGUGGGAUUCCACUUCCUGCAUUGCUUUGAAGAAGAUUGGACAAAGUGCAGCUCCUUCUCGCCACCCACCACGGUAAUCCUGCUCAUUCUGCUGUGCUUUGAGGGGCUGCUCUUCCUCAUUUUCACAUCAGUGAUGUUUGGGACCCAGGUGCACUCCAUCUGCACAGAUGAGACGGGAAUAGAGCAAUUGAAAAAGGAAGAGAGAAGAUGGGCUAAAAAAACAAAAUGGAUGAACAUGAAAGCUGUUUUUGGCCACCCCUUCUCUCUAGGCUGGGCCAGCCCCUUUGCCACGCCAGACCAAGGGAAGGCAGACCCGUACCAGUAUGUGGUCUGAAGGACCCUGACCAGCAUUGCCACUCAGACACAAACCACAUCACAGCACUACCGUCCGAUCCGUUUCCAUGAAUGUUUAAAUCGAAAAAGCAAAGCAACUCCUUAAAACUUUUUUAUGUCUCAAGUAAAAUGGCUGAGCAUUGCAGAGAAAAAAAAAGUCCCCACAUUUUAUUUUUUAAAAAUCAUCCUUUUGAUUUUUUUGGUAACCGAAGCUGCUCUUUUUGUUUGUUUUAAAAUCACUUCUCUAGUCUCUGGUUUCCUCUCUGCUGUCUGUCUGGCAUGACUAAUGUAGAGGGUACUGUCUCCGGGCUGUGCCCACUUCUACUAACUGAGUGAGACGUGAUGCUGUGCGUGCAUGGACCAGUUCAGACGCCUGGUGGGGGACGCAUAGGAAAGCCAAGAGGGCCCUGAUCUCCGACUGCCCAGGAGGCAGUGGCAGGUGCCCCAUAAAACGUAAAACCUCACUGAAGAUGGGUGCUUGCCCCCUUGAGACCUGAGAUGGGCAGGAUCAGGGAUGGAUCCUUCAGAAGGGCCCUCGGGCACAGUGGCCUCAUCCCCCCCAAGUGGACACACUUUGCCUCCUAAUUCACAAAUUCAGUUGCCUGCCUUGUACUUUAUGUGCUUGGGAUGUGUAGAAUCAUUUCGAGGGUGGGAAGAGAGAUGAAAAGGGUCUUAUUUGUACUCCGAAUCAGCAAUUAUAUUCCCUCUGAUUAUUUGGAAGAAUGUGAAGGAAAGAAGUUUUUCCAGUUCAAAAUGCCUUACACAAUCAAUAGAGAAAAAAAUCAUGCAAUUUCAGGCAAGCUACUUUUUCCUUUGUUAUGUCUACUUCAUCUUCUGCCACCCCACCUCCCUCCCUCCCCAAGCAAGAUGUCAGUUAAGCAAUGUUAGUUAGUUCUGAGUGCUGCAGAUACGAGUGCCCAGCAAGUACAACUCCACUUCAGCACCUUCUCAUUUUGCAAACUUGUAAGGCGAUUCACUUUCUGAUACUUAACCAUCAACAUACACGUACCUGUGUCUUAUAUUUUAUCCUGGGAGGUUGUUGUCCUGGCAGGGGGCUGACCGUGAUGCUGGGGUGAUAUCAUAGGCCCCAACCUAAGUCGAUAGAUGGCCAUCCCAUUGGCUAGAGUCGGCAGGUACACCUAAGCCUGCAGCGCUGGGACAGAAUUUCCACGUGGGAGACACUUCCUGUGUGAGACUCCUUGAAGGGGGCUGUGAAGAUGGCUUGAGCUGAGGAGGUGGGGAGUGCCCUCAAGAUGCAAAAACACCAGAUCUGAAUACUGACCAUCUGCGAAUUCCUACACACUGAUUUUUUUUUUUUAACCAAUUGCCACAAACUCCCUUUUUUAGCUUUUGCGUGGGGUGGGGGUGGGGGAUAAUUAUCUGGUCUUGGGUAGGGAGAAACUUAAUCUAGCCAUGUGAUUUUUCAGAAAAGCAAGUGGAACAUGCUGCCUCUUUUCAAUUCUGUCAGUGCUUCCACAUGGAAAAAAAUGCAAUAAAAUUUUUCCAAAACCUG